CCGCCGGCGAAAGGACGACAGAGACCAGGGGUGGGGGCCGCGGGGACUCCGGAAGGCCACCCUUUACCCGGAAAUGGUUGUAGAGGAACAUGGCGUUGCUGGUGCGAGUCCUUAGGAACCGGAUUAACAUUUCCCAGUGGUUUCCAGUAUGUAGCCGAUUGGUACCUGUGUCUUCUACACAGGGACAGUGGGGCAGGGCUCUGUCUGGUACUUUCCAGCUUUCUACUACCAAGGAUUCCCCACAGCCUGUUGAGGAGAAGGUUGGUGCCUUCACGAAGAUAAUAGAAGCCAUGGGAUUUACAGGACCUUUGAAAUACAGUAAAUGGAAGAUUAAGAUUGCGGCUCUGCGCAUGUAUACUAGCUGUGUGGAGAAAACUGACUUCGAGGAAUUCUUUCUAAGAUGUCAGAUGCCUGAUACAUUCAAUUCAUGGUUUCUUAUAACUCUACUUCAUGUCUGGAUGUGUCUAGUCCGAAUGAAGCAGGAAGGCCGGAGUGGGAAAUAUAUGUGUCGGAUCAUAGUUCAUUUUAUGUGGGAGGAUGUUGAGCAGCGUGGCAGAGUUAUGGGGGUUAAUUCUUAUAUCCUGAAGAAGAACAUGAUCCUUAUGACAAAUAAUUUCUAUGCGGCAAUCUUGGGAUAUGAUGAGGGGAUCCUUUCAGAUGACCAUGGGCUGGCUGCUGCCCUCUGGAGAACCUUCUUCAACCAGAAAUGUGAAGACCCUCGACAGCUUGAAUUGUUGGUGGAGUAUGUGAGGAAACAGAUGCAGUACCUGGACUCCAUGAAUGGGGAGGAUCUGCUUCUGACAGGGGAGGUGAGCUGGCGCCCUCUCGUGGAGAAGAAUCCUCAGAGCAUCCUGAAGCCCCAUUCCCCAACUUAUAACGACGAGGGUCUUUGAUGGGCUGAUGCCUCUGAACAGCUGGCCAGCUGGCUUUGAGGAACUGCCAGGAGAGAGGUGCUGGUUUGGCCCAGAACCCUGCAGAAAGUGGCCUGAACUGACCUUCAAACAGCAUCUGUCAAAUAUCUGGCCCCAUUUGUGUUGAUUUUCCUCUUAGUAUGCCCAGAAGUCUGAUCUGGUGGACUAUAGUGCUGGGAGAACCCUUAGCUCUUCUGAGGAAUCCUCCCCCUCAGGAGAAGCCUGGAGCAAGAGCUUUCCAGCACACACUCCCCUGGUCCCUCCAGCAACUAUGUGAUUGACAACUUUUCCUAAAGGCCCCAGAGAGUUUGGGAUAGGUUAGAAAGGGGACACUUCCACCAAGGGCCCGCUGUGGCCGAGGGGCAGUUUGGAAUGCUGCUGAGUCAAGACGGGUAACCAUGCUCUGUCCUCUGGCUUUGAGCCAUGGGGUUGAGUUGGCCAUUAAAAGAAACAGAGACUUAUCUCUGCCAUGGCUCUUCUUUAUUCCGGGGUUUUUAGAAACUUAGAUGGAAGUUGCCAUAAGUUGAGGACCCCACCCAGCUCAGUUAGAGACAGGGAGGGCAAGAGGUCAGGAAGGUCUCUGCUACUGCUCUUAUCUCCAGUUCAUGGAGAUGUCACUGUUAUGUCCAAGGCAUAGCCUGCCAGGCUCCAUCCUCUGGGACCCAGGAGGCCUCUGAUGGCCAAGGGGCUUGUCACAUCCUGAGUCAUUUGGAAAGAAGUUCCAAGAACAUCUUUUUGUCACUUCCCCACUGAACAGGGUGAGGAACAUGCUGUCUUUCCUCUCUUGACUCCCUUUACAUGAGAUACUGGGGAGAAGAGGAGAAAAUUAUUUCUUAGUUGUACCAUCCCAGGGCCCAGCCCGUGCCCAGGUUUCUAAUCCCAUCCCAACUUCUGGAGCAUGUGCUGCAGAGUCAGCUCAGUCUGUGCACUUGAAUCAGUCCCCUCCUUCCUGAGUAUGGGUCAUUUCUUGGGGAAUUUUCUUUGCAUUGAAGAAAGGGGGCGGGGAACCAUAUUGCCCCUCCUUCCCCCAUCAAACUUCCUUCAUUUUAACUUGCUAUAAAAUGAGUCAUAUAAAGAAAUUCUAUAUGGGUGAGGUAUAUCCCACUUCUGUGAAAACAUUACAAAUCAGACCGCCUUCUCUGAGUUUAUUUAAGAUGCUUUUGUUGCAAGCAGAGUUCUAGAGUGAAGCCCCCUCUGUGUGUGUGAGAUAGUAACACCUUGUAACUCAUUACAGCUGGGCACUAUUUACAUAAACCAGAGCUGAGCCAGGCAGGAAUUUGCUGAUUAAUUUAUUUUUAAUGGAGUGAAGUAUACCAUGUACCAAAAUAAACUUUACUGUGUGUACCUAACUGCUCCUGGAAUGGAUGGAAAAAUUAAUGGAACAGAUUUUGGCUCCCAACUCCACACAUUAAUUCAUAUAUAAAAGUUAUUUGAGCCUUAACCCAUUUGCUGCCCAGGGCAGCUCCCCAGCCACAGAUCCCAGCCCACAGCACCAGUUCAGCUACUGGGCUUGCUUGAGAAUCACAGAAUUGCAGAUUUUUUUUUAAAGAUUUUAUUUAUUUAUUCAUGAUAGUCACAUAGAGAGAGAGGCAGAGACAUAGGCAGAGGGAGAAGCAGGCUCCAUGCAGGGAGCCCGACGUGGGAUUCGAUCCCGGGUCUCCAGGAUCGUGCCCUGGGCCAAAGGCAGGCGCUAAACCGCUGCGCCACCCAGGGAUCCCCCAGAAUUGCAGAUUUAGAAGAAACUUUAGAGGUUAGUCCUCUAAGCUGAACUUAGUCCAGCUCAGUUCCUGAACUUGACUCCUCUUCUCAGCAUCUCAGCUGGCCUAUGUCCAUACAGGCCGUUUAUGAAUACCUCUGCCUGCAGAGCCAAAUCCUGUCUCCAUAACCUGAGUAAUCAUCAAACGGUGCAACUUGCAAUAUGGAGCUGCCUUUUAGAGAGCUGAAUUGUAUCUAUCAGGUGGGGAAUGUCCCAAAGCCCUCAAUUCCAGCUGUCAGCAUCUUUCACCCACUACACACCCCCUUGCCUUUCAAGAUAAAAUCCAGGUCCCUGGAGGCUGCAAGGCUCUUCUUAAUUUGACCUGUGUUUGUUUCUGAGUCUCUAAUUCAUUUUUGCUCUGAGCAAACUGAACUGCUUAGGGUCACCUGAAAAGAUCACCCUGUAUGUUUCCUCCACCUGGCAUCCUCGCUUCCCCUUCUGACUAGCUCAAAUACCCACCCCCGUUACGUCUUGUCUGCCCCAGGUGGAAACUAUUAUUUUUUAUACCCACUCUCCAUCCUGCAUUGUGAGCUCCUUCAGAGUGGGCACUGUGUUUGGGUCAAUUGCCUUUGUUUUUCUAGUGCCCUAGGAGUGCCUGGCUCACAGUAGGCAUCAGUAUAAACUUUGACAAAUGGAAGAAGGAAUGAAUAAUUAGAUCAUCAGUCAUUAUCAGUACAAGCCCUAUGAAAAAAUCCCUUUCUGGAUCAUUCUCUGACCUUAUUUUAGCAGCUCAGUAUGAAGUACCUCCAUUGACCUUUGCAUAGUAAUGAAAGCUAAAUGUUCAUUCUGUAGCUACUUUUUUCUUUAACUCUCUCUUUUUUAAGUAGUCUUUACACCAACAUCGGGGUUGAACUCGGCGACCCUGAGACCAAGAGUCACGAGUCACAUGCUCCACUGCCUGGGCCAGCAAGGUGCCCCUCUAGCUACAUAUAUUUCUACUGUAAGUUGUUAUUAUACAAAACAAGUGAAGGAUAUUUCUUGCCCUCAGGAGAUUGCUCUUUAGAAAUAAUUGUAAUUUAUUUAUAUUCUGUAUACUUCCAUAAAGGAUCACAGCAAGUUAAAAGACACUGUUCUAAUAAAACUGCAAAGUGAUUAAAACAAAAUUUAAGGGGAUCCCUGGGUGGCUCAGCGGUUUGGCGCCUGCUUUUGGCCCAGGGCGUCAUCCUGGAGUCCUGGGAUCGAGUCCCGCAUCAGGCUCUCAGCAUGGAGCCUGCUUCUCCCUCCUCCUGUGUCUCUGCCUCUCUCUUUCUCUCUGUGUCUAUCAGAAAUAAAAAUAAAUAAAUCUUUAAAAAAAAAACAAAAUUUAAAAGAUAAGAUGCAAGUAUUAGGAAGUGGGGGGAGAGAAGUAAUCAUGUCAGAAAACCUAUACUGCUAAUAACCAACUUUCACAGGAUUUUUGGGGUAAUUUAUAAAGUAGUUUUAACACAUUGUCUCACAGCAGUCCUGUAAAAUAGGUAUCCUCAUCGUUCUUACCGCUUUUCCAUGGGUGAGGGACUAAGGCUCACGUCAUCUGGGCACAGGAAGAACCCGCUCAGAGUGCCCCGUUUCCAUCUUCCAACCCCGGGCCCUUGCUCUCUCCCCAUCCCACACUGCCCCCCACAGGCCAGUGAGGAAAUCUGCAACUGAGUGUAAAACCUUGCUCUGAGCUUCCUGGGAGCCAAAGGCAGAAAUGGGAGUCAAGGUUCUAAGAAUCUUGUUUCAUAAAAGGAAGUAUACUUAUUCAUCAGAAGAAAGAAAUGUUUCAGAGAAGAAUAUAUUACAGGGGUUUUAAACGAGAUACACCGAACAAUGCAGUGAAUAGUACCUCUAAGAUUGCAGUUUUGCCCAAAAGUUUGAGAACUGUAAGUAAUUGCUGUUUCUUACAUCAAGCUGAGAUUAAAGCCAAGGCCCCAGUUGA